UCGAAUGGCGCAAUCGUUCAGAUGAUUCGAAACGCAGUGUUUAAGGCGUGUGAAGUCGAGGAAGAUGGAGGAACAACCAGCCAGCCAAGAUGACCGACCUUAAAGCUGACAAGGCCACGGCCAAGGCCACGGCCAAGGCGAAAAGCGCCGAGCUCAGUCCAGCCUCGAGCCAUCUUGGGUUAACAGCUGCCAACAAGGAUGUCGAACUCAACACCGCCAAGGUUCAAUCACCAUCUGGUAUCGACGCAGUAGACGAUACUGCGAUUGUCGAAGAAGACGCUCAGGAUGAUCCCGAGAUCGCCCAGCUGCCACUCAUUGUGCGCCAGACCGUCUCUUUGGAGGAUGACCCUACGCUGCCAACCAUCACCUUCCGCUACUUCAUCCUCUGCAUCUUGUUCAUCGUUCCUGGAGCCUUCCUUUCGCAGAUGAGCCACUACCGCACGACUCAAGCUCCAUACUCGAUAUUCUUCGUCCAGAUCGGCUGCCACUAUGUCGGUCAUUUCCUCGCGAAAGUCCUGCCCGCCUGGCAAGUCAAUCUGCCAUUUGGCUGUGGAUUCAACCUUAAUCCAGCACCAUGGAGUAUUAAGGAGCAUGUUCUAGUCACUCUGACUGCGGCUUCUGGCGCCACGUACAACUUGGGCUAUACUCCCAUCUCGAUGGCUGAGCUCUGGUACGACACACGAAUCAAUCCUGCUGUAGCAAUCUUCUUCAUGUUGGCCAUCGUCUGGGUUGGCUACGCUAUCGCUGCAAUCGCCCGGUCUCUAUUACUAUGGGAGCCGGAAUAUGUGUGGCCACAGGCACUAAUGCAGACCACGCUGUUUGAGACUUUCCGCAAGCAGGACCGCAAUAGCCCACUGGCCAAACGCCAAAUGCACGUCUUCUUCAUGUGCUUGGUCGGUAUGAUGCUCUGGCAGUUCCUUCCAGAAUUCGUCUUUCCCAUGACGUCUUCGCUUGCCUUCCUGUGCUGGGUUGCACCCAAGAAUCCUGUUGCGAACUUCAUUGGAUCUGGCCUUGGAGGCAUGGGCUUCUUGAAUCUCAGUCUCGAUUGGUCGAAUAUCAAUUGGAAUGGUACAUCGAUCCUCAUCACACCUUUCUGGACUCAGACUGUUCUGUUCCUCGCCUUUGCUUUCAACUGCUGGGUUCUGCUUCCAGCAGCCAAAUGGGGCAACCUGGGCUCCUACAAGCACGGCCUUAUGUCCAACUCCUUGUUCCAGGCCAACGGAACGAAGUAUCCCACUGCCAAAAUCAUCAACAGCGACUUUAGUCUCAACGAGACCGCCUGGGAGGAGUAUGGGCCAGCAUACAUGGGACUGCAAUUUGCAUGGGCAACGUUCUUCAACUACUCCAAACUGCCUUCAGCAUUUGUUUGGCUGGCUACUUUUGGAGGCCCAUCGAUCAUGGCAACAUUCGCAAAGAAUAUGGCGGCACGCAAAGCUCGCAGCGAAGCAAAAAAGCAGCAAGACUCUACCGGUGCCAAAGAGCCCAACAUUCACCAUCAGUACACUGAUCGUCUGAACGUUCUUCAGCGGUCGUACAAAGAAGUCCCAGGCUGGUGGUUCGUUGCGUUGUUUCUGACAGGCUUUGUGGUCCUGCUCGCAAUCGUGGGAUCCGGCCAACUUUUCAUCCCAUGGUGGACCGUGUUCGUCGGUGUCGCAACUGGUUUUAUCGUCGUAAUCCCACUUGGCUAUCUUUACGCCAUCUCGAAUUAUCAAGUCGCUAUCGGUGACUUUAAUGAGCUUAUUUACGGCUACAUGGUUCACACCGCUGCCGGAGCCGCUCAUCAUCACCCGGCUGGCCCUUCAGUUUAUGGCGCUAUUGCUGGCGAUGCCUGGUACCGCGCCCAGUACAUGCUACAGGACCAACGCAUUGGACACUACAUGCAUAUCCCACCACGCACUGUGUUCUUCAGUCAGGUCUUCGGAAGCAUUCUUGGCAUACCGAUUAACUAUGGAGUUAUCCGUUGGGUCCUGAACACCAAGUUCGAGUACCUGUCCGGCGCGAAAAAAGAUCCAUUGCACCAGUGGACAGGUCAAAGCCUUGUCAGUUCGAACACUAUUGGCAUACAGUACGGUGUCAUAGGGCCGAAGCGCAUGUUCGGUUCCAGCGAGCUGAAGAUUCUACCAUACGGAUUCCUUGUUGGCGCUAUAGCACCGCUUAUCAUGUACGCUCUGCAUCGCGCGUUCCCCAAGUCGAAGCUGAAGUUCCACCUGUGGAAUACUACGAUCUUCUUCUCUGGGAUCUCUGUAUUUUAUGGCAACCUGUCAACUGGGUAUUUCAGUGCAUUCUUGGGUGGUUUCAUCGCAAUGUACUGGAUUUUCCGCCACCACUUUAAGAUCUGGAAGCGCUAUAACUACAUUGUUGCAGCGGCGUUCGAUGCAGCCUUUAAUUUUAACAUGCUGCUUAUCUUCUUAUUCUUUGGAGCCGGAAAGCAGAUCAAGAUGCCAGCUUGGUGGGGCAACAACGCGACAAACGUUGAAAGAUGUUUCGCAUUGGACUGAUUAGUUUGAAAUAUAGACAUAUAACAAUGCCCAAUAGAUCCUUUGAUUGAUG